AUGGAGCUAUUGUCCGAGGUAUUGCAUAUUUAUAACAAUAAGCUGGAAAUAAUGCUCAAAAGUACUGUUGUACUUGUACUGAUAAAAUGCAUCGGAAGUCAAGAAGUAUUGGAAAAUCAACGAUGUAAUCAUCAUCCUAAUAGAGGUACUUGUGAAGAUCGCGGAUUCACAAUAAAAUGGUACUAUGAUCGAUAUGCACAUCGUUGCAGAGAGUUUUAUUAUGGUGGUUGCGAAGGCAAUGAAAAUCAUUUUGAUUCAUUUGAAGAAUGCAGCCAAGCGUGCAAAUACGAACCGUUAGAUGAUUCUAGCAAAAGAUGUGCAUUACCACACGAUCCCGGUACUUGUGAUAAUAAUUUUGAACGUUGGCACUUUGAUAUGCGGAAACGGCAGUGUGUUUGCAGCUGGUGGUCAGGAUGUGGUGGAAAUUCUAAUAUGUUUUAUUCUUAUGCACAUUGUAUGUCAAUUUGUGGAAUUUACGCUGACAAUCACACUUCUGCUACCAAAAUAAUCUUUCGUCGAUUCAUUCCAGAAUCAAAAAGCAAUCAAAUUCAUUAUGUAAAUGAUUUUACGAAAAGUUUGCUCAAUAAAGCUGUGUCACUAAGAGAAGGACGACAGUACCGUAAUUUAUUUGCAACUCCUUCGAGGGACAAUGGUCGCAAAUUAUUACCCAGAAAGACAUUGCGACUAGUUAAUGUCCAAAAUUAUCAACAUCGAGAUCCGCAAUUAGCCAAAAGGUAUCAAUAUCUUCAAUACAAUCCAUCCGGGUAUUGGAGAGUGAUUUCCAAUCGUUUUAUACAAGAACCAAGGCAGAAAUAUAGUAUCCGCAUGAUGACCCGUAAACAUGGACAUGUGUCGGAACCGUCAGAUCAGAGACGCUGGGAAAACAUGCCGACCAAUAAAGUGCAAGAUUAUGGACAAGCUGAACAGUCAAAAAGACAAACAAGCUAUUCAAGAUCUCAAGAAAUACGAGGCAGCCAAGUUAUAUCGAAAAAAAGUCCAAUCCGAAUUAAUCAAAUAAACCAUCUUGAUACAACUGCAAUUCCAUCAUUAUCUGAAGACCUCCGUGCAAAACACAUUGAAGCAUAUAUUCAACAAACGCAAACUUCUGAACGUUCACAUGCUGAAGCUUUACGUGAGCGUGAUAGACUAAUACAGCAACGUCGUCGUGACGAGUAUGAACGAGCAAUGAAAUACGAACAAGAAUUGCUACAAUAUCAGCAAACUAUUCAGUCGAUGCAGAAUCGCGUGCCACAGGAACGAGCAGGUAAUACAGAUGUCUGGCGACAACAGCAACAAGUAUCAUCGCAAAGACAAUAUUUGGACUCAGUACAAGCUCAAGGCGCUACAUUCCUCAAUGCACCUUUGCCAGUAAAUGUUAGGAUGUCUGAAGAAGUUAGAAAUACAAAGUUGAAACAUCAGAGGCUUUCGGAUUCCAAAAAAUUGAAACAAAUAGAAAAAAAUCGAGAACUAUUGAAUACGACUCUCAAACCGCCUCAACUUAGGUGGAGGAUGCAACAACAACAACAACAACAACAACAUACAGAACCACAUACAGAAGGCUUUCCAUUAGAAAUCGUUUUCACUGCUGAUCAAGUCCCAGAUCCACAGGAUGUUUACGUUGCAGAGACAAUAAGUGCCAUACCGUUACCAAGUGAAGACUUUGAUCAACAGAAACAGAUGGUUACCAUUGAAGAUUACGACGAAGAUGAGAAUUAUACACAUGAUGAAGAAACUGAAAAUGAAGAUCAAGAAUCAUCCUUUCUGGAACACACUCCAGCAGAAUUUUCAGAAGGACGAUGGGCAUUAACAAUAGCUGUACAACAACCUACUUCUCCGUCAUUUACUUCUCGUUCCAUUGAAAAUCCCGUCGAUCUUAUUGCUGAUAUUCCGAAAAGAGAAACAGUUAUUGCUACAACGGCGGCAACGAUGAAAAAACGAAAGGAAUCAAAAACGGAAAUAAGUAUGAUAGAGAUUAUACCAUCAAAGCAUGACAAUGAAGAUAAUAAUGUGAAAGUUUUGGAUGGUAAAAGUGAGAUUGAAGAAGAUGACAAUGAAAUCAUGUUUUGGCAAGAGCAAAGACAACGUAAAGUGGACAUGCGAUAG